CCGCUGCGGGCCCCUCAUGAAGCGCCACGGGUUUGGGCAUCUCCCCUUUCUAGAGGGACACCAAGAAGUUCUCUUCCAUUGACCCAGAUCAUUGAUCAAGCUUGUCAAGAGGCUGAAGCUUACAAGGAUGCUGGAGUUUUACAGUAUCAACAUGAGGUGUAAUGUGAUUUGAUCUACAGAAGAGUGGAUGGCUUGAUAGUAGAAAACAUGCAUGAUCUUCCUUACACGGUGUGUCCUGGGCCUGAAGUAACUGCAGCAAUGACAGUCAUUAGUGCUGCAGUGAGACAAACCUGUCCCCAUCUCGCGCUGGGUGUCCAGAUCCUGUGUGCUGCAAAUCAACAGGCGAUAGCAGUUGCUCUUGCUGCAGGUCUUGAUUUUAUCCGGGCUGAAGGGUUUGUGUUUUCUCAUGUUGCUGAUGAAGGGAUUAUAAAUGCCUGUGCAGGUAACCUGCUACGAUACAGAAAACAAGUUGGAGCAGAGAACAUUCAGAUUUUCGCUGAUAUUAAAAAGAAACAUAGUGCUCACACUCUGACGGCAGAUGUCAGCGUGGCCGAGACCGCUUCGGCUGCUGAGCUCUUCCUGGCUGAUGGGGUUGUACUGACUGGCACGGCUACCGGAUUGCCCGCAGAUCCUCAGGAGCUGAAAGAGGUUAAACGUGCUGUGAAGAUUCCUGUGCUGAUUGGGUCUGGAGUGACUCUGGAGAAUGUGAGGAAUUACUUGGAUGCAAACGCUCUAAUAAUUGCAAGCUCCUACAGCUUUGUACCUCUCCAGACUAGUAUUAGUGAUGUUAAAAACUGCCAGGUUUCUUCCAAUACACAAGCUGUAAUUAUGAUGGAAACCUUUCUACCAAAGCUGACAGGUAAACACAGAUUUCCAUUUUUCCUGUAAAAUGUAGAGGAAAAAUACGAUAGUCUCGCUGUGUAUGUUGUAAGAGAUUCCCCUUGAAUUUGAUCUUUUAGCUCUAAGGAAGUUUAAAAUAACCCAAAGAAUACCUGUUAUGUCAUGGCCGUAUAAAAUGUGGACAUAUGUUUUCAUUCCCUGGGACUGGGAGCUAAGUUUGUCCUCUGGGAUCUCUCUCUCUUUCCUUGACAUCUAUGCAUCAGGCUUCUGCUGAUGCUAAUGAAAGUUAUAUUGUAGAUACCAAAGCAAGUAUACAAACACAUUUUUUGUGUCCACUGGCGGUGCCCACACUUCUCUGAACAAAAGAUACAUCCUCCUUCCAAAGGCAAAAAGAUUUUCAAGAAAUUUAGUUUCAUUAACAUAAUGGUGAUUUCAGAAUAUCACAGCAUGAGAUUAAGUCUUCUCAUUUCUUUUUUUCUGGACUAGCCUGUCUCCCACAUGACUCCCAUCAAAAGCAGUGAAAUGUCUUUGGUGUGCUCACCUCCUGGAAAAGAGAUUCUUUAGACUCUAUGACAACCUUGGCAUUCUUCUGCUUUUCUCCCUUUUCCUCCUAAAUAUGCUGACAAAGUUUCAAUGCAUAGAACUCCUUUCAGGUGCCUGUUUAUUGUGGCCGGCACUACUUUUUCAAAGUCCACGUUUACACAGGUGUUUUAAUCUGCCAUGUGUUUGGCCUUCCAUCAAAACCAACAGUUCUAUCUCAGCCACUUGUCCCCACCGUUUCUCUUGUGCCAGCAAUAGCAUUCAUGCGGCCUCACAGGGAUCAGGAAACCGAUUCUAGCUGAAAGCUAAGCCAGUCUUGCACCAGCCACACUCAGCGGCAGGGAAAAAUAAUUUAGAUCAUCUUCCUCGUUCCUUGCAUCUGCAGCUCUAACUCCAAGCUGCUGGUAUAGGCAGUGCAGAAUUAUUUGAGGAUCGUGAAGAUGCUUUCUGAAUCUGUCUUCCACACGCUCAUUUACCCACAGCAUAUUUACCAGGUAAAGCAUCAAUCUGGUUUAGUCUUUAAGUUCUUAGCCUGAGUCGUGAGUUCCGUCUUAUGUCCUCUUUAUUGUGAAAAACACCACAUUAAAUAAAAAAGAAUGAAUUUAGAUACCAGU